AUGGCCUGCUUUUCAGAAGUACUCAGCAUCCAACUAUUGGGGACUUGUCAUCUGUUAAUCAAGCUGUAUCUUUGUGUUUGCAGUGUCUCCUGUGAUUAUUCACCUGGUGAUUUGGUUUGGGCUAAGAUGGAAGGGUACCCCUGGUGGCCAUGUCUUGUGUAUAACCACCCAACUGAAGGAACACUAGUCAGAGUGAAAGGAAAAUCUUCCCGUGUGCAUGUACAGUUUUUUGAUGAGAGCCCAACAAGGGGCUGGGUUAGCGUUAAAUACUUAAAGCCAUAUAAAGGGUCAGCAGUUAAGGAAACAGAGAGGGGAGGUAUGUUUUAUAGUUCAAAGCCUGAAAUUAAGAGAGCAAUGGAAAUGGCAGAUGAUGCUAUGCGCAAAGAUAAAACUAAGCGGCUUGAACUGGCAGUAUGCAAUGAACCUUCAGAUGCUGAAGAUGAGGAAGAGAUGGAGGUUAGUGAAAGUGCUUCUGGCAACAGUGAAGAUUAUGAUAGCGAGGAUGAGGAGAGAAAAAAAAAGCUGCUGGGAAGCAAGUGGAGAAGUGGCGGGAAAGCUAAAAAACGAAGAGUGUUGGACUCCGACAGUGAUAAUGAAGGUUCAGAUGAAGAGUUUAAGCCAGAUGCUAAAGAUGAAGCAAGCAGUGAUGAAGCAAGCAGCAGACUGGAGGAAGGUGAAUCUGCCAGCUCUGAGUCAGACACAAAGAUGGAUACAGAUGGUUCUGUGAAAGUCCCUUCUAAACGAAAGAGAGAAUCUGACUUCAAGCCCACUAAAAGGAACAGCUUGGAAAAGGACCUUCCUGAAACACCAAAAAGAGCGGUAACUAUUUCAUUAGAAAUCAAGUCAAGGCUUACCUCUUUUGUAGCACCUGAAAACUUUGAGUCUCAGCCAAAUGUUAGCAGUGGAGGAGUUAGUAGUUCUAAUAUAUGGGAACAUGAUAAACUUGAAUGGCUUCAGGAAGGGAAAAAAAGAGAUGGAUGUAGAAGACGGCAAACUGAUCCUCAUUAUGACCCAGGUACCCUUUAUGUGCCAGAUGACUACCUUAACAAGUGUACCCCAGGAAUGCGGAAGUGGUGGCAGCUAAAGUCUCAAAACUUUGAUGCUGUAAUCUUCUACAAAGUUGGGAAGUUCUAUGAGUUGUAUCAUAUGGAUGCAGUCACUGGUGUAAAUGAGCUGGGACUGAUAUUUAUGAAAGGUAUUUGGGCCCAUUCAGGUUUUCCAGAAAUUGCAUUUGGCAGAUUUUCUGAUGUUCUAGUACAAAAGGGGUACAAAGUAGUCCGGGUUGAGCAGACAGAGACUCCUGAGAUGAUGGAAGCACGCUGCAGAUCCCUGGCCCACCCAACGAAGUUUGACAGGGUUGUACGCAGAGAAAUAUGCAGGAUAAUUACCAAAGGAACACAGACCUAUGGUGUUCUGGAUGGUGAACCUUCUGAGGAACUUAACAAAUACCUUCUCAGUGUAAAAGAAAAAGUUGAAGACUCAUCUGGGCACUACCGUGCAUAUGGUGUCUGUUUUGUUGACACAUCAGUGGGAAAAUUUUCUGUGGGCCAGUUUCCAGAUGACCGCCACUGCUCAAGAUUCAGAACUUUGGUGGCACACUACACUCCUGUGCAGAUCCUGUUUGAGAAGGGAAAUCUGUCUGCUGACACCCACAAGAUACUAAAGGGCUCACUGUCGUCUUCCAUGCAAGAAGGCUUGAUCUCUGGCACCCAGUUCUGGAAUGCAUCUAAAACAUUGAAAACUCUAAUUGAAGAGGGAUACUUUGAGGAUAAGCAAAAUGUUGAUAAUGGGUUUAUUUUGCCUCCUGUGAUCAAAUCUAUCACAUUAGAAAGUGACUCUAUCCUGGGUCUUGCUCCUGCCGAAAACUGUGGGUUAGCUCUGUCAGCUCUUGGUGGAUGUGUCUUUUACCUCAAGAAAUGCCUUAUUGAUCAGGAGCUUUUAUCUCUGGCAAACUUUGAGGAGUAUGUUCCUGUGGAUAUUGAUGUUACAAAAGCUAAGGGAUCAAACAGUUUUUUUGCUAAAACUAAUCAGCGGAUGGUGUUGGAUGGGGUGACGCUAACAAACUUGGAAAUCCUGCAGAAUGGAACUACUGGCACUACAGAAGGCACAUUGCUGGAAAAGAUUGACACUUGUUGUACCCCUUUUGGAAAGCGACUCUUGAAACGGUGGAUAUGUGCACCCCUCUGUAAUCCACAUUCUAUCAAUGAUCGUUUGGAUGCAAUUGAAGAUCUUGUGGCAGUUCCUGAUAAAAUGUUUGAAGUUAGUGAAUGCCUGAAGAAACUUCCAGACCUUAAAAGGCUCCUGAACAAAAUUCACAGUAUUGGAUCACCACUUAAAAGUGAUACUCAUCGAGACAACAGGGCUAUUUUUUAUGAAGAAACCAGAUACAGCAAAAAAAAGAUCACUGACUUCUUGUCUGCACUGGAAGGAUUUAAGAUAAUGCUUGAGACCAUAGAGAUUAUGGAAGAAAUUGCUGCUGAUUUCAGAUCUAAAAUACUUAAGCAGUUAGUCACCCUCAAGUCUAAAAAUCCAGAGGGCUGUUUUCCAGACCUGAGUGCAGAACUGAAAAGAUGGGAUACUGCUUUUGAUCAUAAUGAGGCUCGAAAGACUGGAGUGAUCACACCUAAGGCUGGAUUUGACCCAGAUUAUGAUACAGCAUUAAAGGAUAUUACAGACAUUGAAGAGAAACUUCAGGAAUAUUUAGUUAAACAACGCAAACGACUUGGACUCAGAGCUAUGCUGUAUUGGGGAGCAGGCAAAAACCGCUACCAAAUGGAAAUCCCAGAAAAUGCAAUAUCACAUAAUUUGCCUGAGGAAUAUGAACUGAAGUCCACCAGAAAGGGUUAUAAACGUUAUUGGACCAAGGAGAUAGAGAAGAUGCUGGCAGAGAUGGUCAAUGCUGAAGAACGGAGAGAUGCAGCCCUGAAAGACUGUAUGAGGAGACUGUUCUACAACUUUGAUAAAAAUAGCAAGGACUGGCAAACAGCAGUGGAAUGCUUUGCUGUAUUAGAUGUCUUGAUGUGCCUUGCUCGCUAUAGUCAAGAGAGUGAUGGACCAUUCUGCCGACCUGUACUUCUACUGCCAGAACUGAGUACUCCACCUUUCUUGGAACUUAAAGGUUCACGCCAUCCAUGCAUUACAAAAACAUUUUUUGGAGAUGAUUUUAUUCCGAAUGAUAUUGUGAUUGGCUCCAAAAAUGAAGAUGAAGACUGCAAUAGUGAAGCCUACUGUGUUUUAGUGACUGGCCCAAACAUGGGUGGCAAAUCUACAUUAAUGAGACAGGCUGGCCUUUUGGUAAUAAUGGCUCAAUUGGGAUGCUAUGUACCUGCUGAAACUUGCAGGCUUACUCCUAUUGACAGAGUAUUUACAAGACUAGGUGCCUCGGACAGAAUUAUGUCAGGAGAGAGUACCUUUUUUGUUGAACUGAGCGAGACUUCCAGUAUACUCCAGCAUGCAACAGAGCAUUCCCUUGUGCUUGUGGAUGAACUAGGUAGAGGGACGGCUACUUUUGAUGGUACCGCUAUAGCAAGUGCAGUUGUUAAAGAACUUGCAGAAAAUAUAAAGUGUCGUACACUGUUUUCAACACACUAUUAUUCAUUAGUAGAGGACUAUUCACAUAGUGCUGCUGUGCGACUAGGCCAUAUGGCCUGUAUGGUUGAAAAGGAGAAUGAAGAUCCAAGCCAAGAAACUAUUACAUUCCUUUAUAAAUUCAUUAGAGGAGCUUGUCCUAAAAGCUAUGGCUUCAAUGCAGCAAAACUUGCUAAUAUUCCAGAGGAAAUUAUCCAGAAAGGCCAUAAAAAAGCCAGAGACUUUGAGAAAGUUACACUUUCACUGAGACUGUUUAGGCACCUUUGCCUGGUGGCAGAAAAUGCAGGAAGAGAUAAAGCUGUACAUAAACUGAUGACUGCGUUCAAUAAUCUGUAAGAUACAGUAACAAGUGGCAACAUGGUGGUUCUCUCACAAAGGUGGUUUGCAGACAACAUUAUGCUCUAAUAAACUUUAUUUUUUAAAAAUGA